CAUAUUGAGAGACAAUGGAUAGCCCAAGCCAAGGCUCCGAGGAGGAUAAUCAAUCUUUUACACAAAAUUUGCAAAAUGUUACAUACAGCAAGCCUGAGAAACUGACGAUUGAUAUCACAAUUCAAAGAGCAGGAAAAUGUAAUCAAAGUAUUUCUGCUUUGAACGAUACUGUUGAGUUAAAAGACUCAACUAUAUUCCAAUCUAUUGAUCAAAACCAGCCUCUUAGUAAUGAUAUUGUGGUGAAAUCAAUAAAAGGGAUCCUUUAUGAUAAAAUCCAAAGAUCAAGUAAUCAAAAUUGUUAUCAGAGUUCCAAGAAAAAUCCCUUGAACCAGGCUAAUUUGCUUAUUAAUGUAACUAAGCCCAGGAAGAUAGUUAGUCAGAAAAGGAAAAAUACGAAUCAAGUUCUGAAAUUUAUGAAAUCAAAAUACUCAAUUAUGGCUUCCCAAGAACCCAAACACAAAAAGUGGGUUACUAAGAAUGCUGAUAACUCGUAUCAGGAUAGUUUCCCUUGAAUUUAUAAUUAUUCAUACUCAGAUAUCCCUAAGACACAUGCCAUGAGAAGGGAGAAGCCUGGUAUUUUAUUGCAUGAUUCUCCAACGAAUUUCUCAACUGAUAACAGAACUAAUCAUUUAUUGAACAACUCAGAAAGACAGUUGCCUGAGAGAGGGACUUAUCAAUGAGCUGACCCUAUUUUACAAAUCAAUUCAAGUAAAUCUGGCACAAAGGAAGCAUCAACUCAAAGAAGGAUCCUGAAGUCUUCAAUAAAGAUGAUGAAUGGCAUUUCAAUGGAGAUUUCAAACAAUAAAAUGAACAAACAAAGAAAGCUAAAGGUUGUUAAGAAGAUUGAUAAGAUCUUAAACACUACUAGAAGAGCAGAACAGCAUGCUAAGAGCCUUACCAGAGAAGGUAAGAGGUCUCUGAGAGAAGAUAAAUCAACUGAAUAUUUCAAGCUCCUUUCGAUGCAAAGAAUGAAAGGAGUCAAUUUAUUGGCCUUAAAAUAACUCGAGGAAGUCCUUAGCUCCAAAAGCAGAGUUUACAACCUCACCUACAUCGAGAUUGGAGCUACAUGUUGGAAAUCUUAAGAUAAACCACAGAAUCCAUAACCCUAUAAGGAAGGCUGGGAAGACAACCUCAAAUAAAUUAACUAUGAGGAAAUACAGCGAAAAUUGGGUCAAUCAAAAUAUGAAAUUUAUUGAGAGAAAUCUACACUGCUUGCAAAUCACAUAAUUAAGUUCAACCUUUGAUAUCAA